GAUAAUUAUAAUUAAAUAAAUAUUUAUCCCCAAUCAAAUAAAUAAAAAUAAAAUAAAAUAAAAUAAAUAAAAUAAUUUAAAAAUAAAAGGUCAACAUUCAAUACUAAUAACCAUAUAAAUAAUAAUAAUAAGAAUAAUAAAAAUGAGGAUCCUAUUUCCCUAUAUAAUUCUUUAAUUGAUCAGCUUGAUACAAUGGUAUGCAAGAUCGAUCAAUGUAUUCCAGAAGUUAGAAAACUUGUAUGGAAUGAAUUAUAUAGAAUAUCAAUGAAAAAAACAUUUAAUAAAAAUGAUAAACCAUCACAUAUUCAUAAUCCAUUUUUUACAAACCAAAACUGUACAUUAAAUUUCACACCAUAUUUUAAUCAAUUAGUAAACACUGACAAUAUAAACUAUCAUUCAAUCGAAUUGCUUUUCAAGGCAUUUUCAAACUCUAUUAAAAAAAAUAAUAAUUUAUUAAAUCAAACCUCAUUAAAUAAUAAUAAUAAUAAUAAUAACUCACAACAAAAUGAAAUGUCCGUUCCUUCAAAUAUAUUCUUUACAUCUACUCUAUGGGGAUUCUCUUAUCCUGCAGCUCUUCAACAAUUAGCACUUAUUUGCUUUUGGUUACCUGUAAUUAAAAAACUUUCAAAACAACAAAAAAAGAAAUUAUGGCAAACAUGUUUAAUGUUCCCAUUGUUCCAAAAACAACAACAACCAUUUGAAAACCCUGGCUAUUUUAAAACUCCAGAUUACCAAACUAUCAUUUCAAAAUGGUUCGAAUGUCCAAUCGAAAAUUUAAAUUCAAUUACAAUUUUUUUCUCUGCAAUUGGUUACUUGGUCGAGUUAAAUAUCUUUAAAAACGAAUAU